AUGCAGCCCACGCCCACCAUGGCCACGGCCGCCAGCACCGCUUCCACCGUCGUCCUGACCUCGAGGUGGGACAACGCCACCGGCAGCCCCACCGUGAGUGAGGGGUUUGGAGUGGGGUGGCUGGGCCGGGCGGGCCUCCAGAGGCCACGCCCAGCGGUCCUGACCCCUGCUGGCCCACAGGCGGAGCCUGACCCCAUCCUGGACAACUACGUGCUGCUGGUGGUGGUCAUGUCGCUCUUCGUUGGUGGCACGCUAGUGGUGCUGUCCGGCGUGCUGCUCGUGUGCAGGCGCUGCUGGGAGGCUCACCCGCGCUUCAACAGAGCGACGGAGGAAGCGGAAAAGACCGCCACCACCUACCUGGACAAUGGCGCUCGCCCGGCCCAAGACCCCGACUUCAGGGGGGAGGACCCUGAGGGCCAGGACGCGGAGACCGAGCGCUUCCUGUCCACCAGCUCCACCGGCCGCCGGGUGUCCUUCAACGAGGCUGCCCUGUUUGAGCAGAGCCGGAAGUCGCAGGACAAGGGCCGCAGGUACACCCUGACGGAGGGGGACUUCCACCACCUGAAGAAUGCCCGCCUCACCCACCUGCACCUGCCGCCCCUCAAGAUCGUCACAAUCCAUGAGUGUGACCUGGGUGAAGCCAGCGCAGCCACCCCUCCCCACGCCACCGCCGCCCCCAAGGCCAACCUCGCCAUCUUCCAGCCCCCGGGGAAGGCCCUCACCGGCCACUCCGUGGGCCCCAGCUCCGCCCUGCCAGGUGACCCCUACAACUCAGCCGUGGGCCCUGCUGACUUCGAGAUCAGCCCCUUGGCGUCCAGCGACUCCGGGGAAGGCACCUGGGUGAGGGCCCCCGAGCGGCCCCUCCCCUCCCUGCCCCACUCCAAGACAGAGUUGGAUCCAGCCACCAGGAGCAGCAAGCCUGCCGGCCCAGGGCCCGCAACGGGGCACAGGGAGGCCGGGCGCGGGGAGGCAGGCCCUGGCUCUGGGGCCGGACCCGUCCUGCAGUUCUUCACCCGGCUGCGGCGCCACGCCAGCCUGGACGGGGCCAGCCCCUACUUCAAGGUCAAGAAAUGGAAGCUGGAUCCCAGCCAACGGGCAUCCAGUCUGGACACUAGAGGCUCCCCCAAACGGCACCAGUUCCAGCGGCAGCGGGCAGCCAGCGAGAGCACAGAGCAGGAGGAGGGGGACGCCCCCCACGGGGAUUUCAUCCAGUACAUUGCCAGCGCAGGCGCCGCUGUGGCCUUCCCGCCCCCCCGCCCCUUUCUGGCCAGCCCCACCAGCCCGUCCCCCACCCUCGGCAGGCUAGAGGCAGCCAAGGAGGUGGGCGCCGCAGGAGGAGCGAGCCCCGAGUCUCCCCCAGAGUCUAGCGGCGGCGUGGGGACUGAGCAGCUGCAGCAGCAGGAGUCCGAUGGCGAGCGGGACUCGGGGCCGGAGCAGGCGCAGACCAGCUACCGGGAUAUCUGGAGCCUGCGCGCCUCCCUCGAGCUGCAUGCCGCGGCCGCCUCGGACCACAGCAGCAGUGGCAACGACCGCGACUCGGUGCGCAGCGGCGACAGCUCGGGCUCGGGCUCCGGGACCACCGCGCCCGCCUUCCCGCCGCCCUCGCCGCCGCCCACACCGCGAUCCGCGGAUGGCGAGGCGGGAGGUCCGCGGAAGCUGCUUCAAAUGGACAGCGGCUACGCCAGCAUCGAGGGCCGCGGCGCGGGCGACGACGGGCUGCCCAGCGCGUCCGAGAAGCGCUCUUCCUUCACCAGCGCCGGCCGCACGGCCACUGUGGGCAGCAGCUUUGAGGGGGCGCUGGCGCCCACGGAGGCGCCCGCCCGGCCCCGCAGCCCCCGCGCCUGGCCCCGCCGCGCCCCGCGCCGCGACUACAGCAUCGACGAGAAGACAGACGCGCUCUUCCACGAGUUUCUGCGCCACGACCCGCACUUCGACGACGCACUGCCCUGCGCCGCCCGCCACCGCGCGCGCGCGCACCCGCACGCGCGCAAGCAGUGGCAGCAGCGCGGCCGGCAGCACAGCGACCCCGGCGCGCGCGCCGCCACUCCCGCCCCCGCCGCGCCCCCGUUCCGCCCAGACCCCCGGCCCCCACGCGCGCCUCUCCGCCGCGGCGACAGCGUCGACUGCCCAUCCGAGGGCCGCGCGGGCGAGGACCCGGCGGCGCCCGCCAUUCCGGUCAUCGAGGAGGAGCCCGGCGGCGGCGGCGGUUGCCCCGGCUCGGGCCUGUGCGUCGGGUCCCCGGGGACGCUGCUGGACAAGCUGGCGGCCGGCCUCGACGACAGACUGUUCCCGCCGCGCCUCGCCCAGCCCAUCGCCGCGGCUCCCGCGCUGGCCGCCGCCGCGCCGACGUCUCCCGACCACAGCCCGGCCUAAGCCCCGCGCCCCCCACCCGCAUCGUCAGCUUCUCGGCGCCGCUCGGGGCCCGCGCUGCGGGACGCGCCUCCAGCCGCCCCCCCGGUGCGCGCGCUCUCGCCCUCGGGUCACCUUCGAGCGGCCUCCGGUGCGCACGCGCACAGCCCCAUCCUGGGCACGGAGUCGGGACCCUCAGCGGCUCCUCAGCGUGUGGGCCUGGACCGGAGGGAGCGGGGCCACUUCUCCAUCUACCUUUGGCCUCGACGGCAGCCCCGGCGCUGGGGCGUCCUGCGCACAGAACGCCGGGAGGUGCGCGCUGGUACCGGCACUCGGGAGGCUCUGGGUGGAGGAGCCGAGUGAGGCGCAUGCGCGGGGCGCCCCGAGUGGGGCCCACAGAGCCUCGAGGGGGCCGGGUCGCACGCGCCGGAGUCUGCCGCGGGGCGCAUGCGCCGAGCUGGGACCGCACCGCGGCGGAGCGGGAGCCGGCCAAGCUGGACCUGGGCUGGCCGGAUGGGUGGAGGCUGCAGCCGCCCAGGCCCCGAAGCUGUUUACCUCACCGCGGCCUGUGCUCGCGACCCCCGGCGCCCCCUGAGCAAUAAAUCCCGACCCGCUCGUCCCCGCGCCCGCCCCAAGCAUGUGAGCGGGCCGCCCGCCGCCGCUGCCGCCAUCCAAAGAGCUGCCACGACUCGUGUUUGGAGACACACAAAACCCAAACGGCCACGGGUUCAAGGUUCCCGAGCUUUAUUUAUUAUUGCCAAAAGAUGGGGCUGCCCGCGCCUGCGGCCGCCCCGCCACACCCCGUCCCGUUCCUCGGAGCUUCCUGCCAUCUGUGUUCCAUCCUGUGAUGGUGUUUCUCGUGUUUGUUUUCUGGUUGAUUAUAAAUAUUUACUGCACACGCUCGCUUAGUCCCGGUUUUCUCUGGGGACCUGGGAGCACAGAGCCCUCGGAAACGGGGCGGGGGUCCAGCAAUCAAGGAGUCCUCUGGCGACUGCACUGGGCACUGGUGGGCCCUGGGGCUGCGCUGAGGGUCCUGCUGAGCUUUGGGGAGACCGGUCACCACUGAGAGGACUGAUGUCCAGCACGGCUGAAGGCUGACCCCCAAGGAGGACCCAGGUCCCACCACCUGCCUGCCCGCUGGGCUGGGAAGUCCACCGAGGGGCUCGGACUCAGACCCACUGCCUGUAGGACAGCGGUGCCGCCCCACAAUUCCCGCACACCCUUCACAACCAUAGCUCAAAUCCACCGGCUUUAUUUUUUCUUAAAAAAAAGAAGAAAGGAAAAGGAA